AUGUUGACUUCAACCUUCGACUUGCAGACGAAUGCACCCACCAGUCCAAAGUUGCUGAUACUCUGCGACGAUGGAAGGCAUCCCUUGGCAUCGGGCAACUUAACGAUCUUCAACAACUCUGACGUAGAACACCUUCGUGAACGUCUGCGCCAGCGCAAAUUUGAAAUUGAGAGGUUUGAACGGUCGUACCGUCAGACAGUAAAUGAGCACAAGCUUCAUGUGCAUGCAGAAGCUUCAAUUCAACAGCGCAACCCUACCAUACGAAAGCUUGUCACAACUUACAACAACUUCUGUGGUAAACUAAUUGACUUAAUUCGACGAGGCGAGGCUCCUGCCGAUGAUGACAUCUGGCAAGAUGUUGGACUUGACAGCAAUGACAUGGCUCCACCUGCCUGGCUAGCGGAUGAAAAUAUGUGCGCAGCAAUUAAGUUUCAACUCGAGGUAGACCGGUGCAAUAAGGAAAGGGCUCGUAUCAUGCGAGAAUGUUGUGUUCUCCAGGAGUGGAUGAUGGCUGAGUGGGAUGCCUUGCAGGAGGCUCGCACUCAUGCAGAAGAAAAUGGAGAUCUCUGCUUUCAUUUUGACCUCCGUGCUCACUUGUUGAGUGGUCUUGUUGUGCAUUGGCAAUCUCAAGUUCGUCCUAUCCCUUGUGCUUGGCCAUUGCCUGACUCAUGGGGCCCCACUCCGAAUGACCUUGCUGAGGCUGCUAAUAUGUAUUAUCAACCAAGCUGUCUUGAUGGCACAGCUGCUGUGUAUGAUUCUGAGAAUGACUGGGAGUCUGAUGAGGAGAGGGAGAAUGAUGAAUUGAUAGAUGAAUUGGAGGAAGCUGCAUUGGCUGGAGCAUAUAUAGAUCUUGACUCAGAUUCAUAUGAUAUAUAG